AUGAGGGCAACGUCUCUGUCUGUGAUCGCGCGGAAGGCAGCAGGGACGUGUGGAAGCUCAGGAUGGCAACGAGGGGGGCUGGUGGGUAUUCCCGACGAAUCGAACCGACCGAAUCGAACGUCACUGUCUGUGAACGUGCGGAAGACAGCAGGACGUGUGGUGGCUUCAUUUCUUUUUCCUUCAAGGGGAGGGGGAACGUCUCUGUCUGUGACCGCGCGGAAGGCAGCAGAGCGUGUGGUGGCUCAAUUGGAUGGCGACGGGGGUGGCUGGUGGGUGUCGUCGCCGCAAAUUAUCGAUCAAAUGUCUCUGUCUGUGAACAUGCGGAAGGCAGCAGGACGUGUGGUGGCUCGCCUUUUUGGCGAAGGGACAGUGAUCAACCAUAUCCUGCAGCGCACCAAGAGGGCUGUGCAAGUUACCGAUGACACUAGUGACACUGUCAAUAAUUGGCGACCACCCAAAUACAAAAACAGCCUUGCCAUUGCUCGUGCACGAGCGGUCGUUUAA